AUAUUAAAUCCAACUACUAAUGGUGCCGAAUUGAUGUUUUGACUUCGAGCUCGAGCUGCUAAAGUUAGCUGUGGCAAGUGGGAAAUCUCAGAAAUAUUGUAAGGCAGUAAAAUCUUUUGCUUAUUGUGCCAUGGCUAACUUUGAUGAGAAGAGCGGUGUGGUUCCAUGUCUAACUCCUUGGGGUUGUUGGUAUCAGACCAUGGAUGAAGUUAUGGUUGAGAUCAAUGUACCAGAAGGAACAACAUCAAAGGCAAUCAAGGCUACCUUUGGAGUCAAUACUCUAUCCUGUUCAGUCCCAGGUGUUGAAAUCAAGGGAGAGUUGUAUAGUAGGGUAGUUGCUGAUGAGUGCUUAUGGAGUCUAGAGGACAGGAAACUUGUAAGAUUGGUUCUUAUCAAGUCAAAUCGUCAAGCAGAUAACUGUUGGAAGUCACUUCUCAAAGGUCAGUAUGAGGCUGACCCUUUGACCUUUGACCAGAUGGAGAAGAAGCUUACAUUACAGAGGUUUCAAUAUGAGCAACCAGGGUUCGAUUUCAGCAAUGCAGAUAUAACAGGCAAUUAUACAGGAGGGGGGCCCCAGCUACCCGGGAACUAGAUAGCUUCACAAUUAGUCAGUAUGUUGAUCAGUUCCCAUGAUAGUCAUCUGAAGGCAAUGAAGACAUAAAUGAGUCAUCUCUCUACUCUUGUCAAUGGAGCAACACAUCAAUCUAUCUUUGAGCUUAACAACAAGUGGAUGUAUUCUAGGACACAAUAUACUGUCAUAGGUAAAUGGUGUGGAUGUGAUAUCAAGAGAACUUAUGUGAUGGGUAGAAGAUCAUUGUACUGGAUCUGUUCUUGAGUGUAAUUCCCUUUGCAUCAGAGUCAGACUGCCCUCUUUAUUCAUGAAUCUUCAACAUAUAGACUUGUUCUAUUAAAGACAAAAGACAGGUGCUUAUAUGAACAGCAUGGAUGGAUAGUCCCAAGUGAGAUCAUACUCCAUUUGACUGAAGACAAAUGUACUAGAGAUAUGUGACAGGAAACGGGUCUAUAAAAGGUGGUGUGAAAUUCUGAUGAAAUGGAGAAGAGGCGCCUUUUUUGUUCUUUCUUUGGUGACACUGGAGCGUAUCGAUAGAGAAUGGGUCCAUAUCCCUUACAUUAUGCUGGCAUGAUGUGCUGCAUUGAGCAUCAUUUGAUGGGUCACCCAACAUUUUUUUCUUCAAUGAUUGCUCCCUUCUUCAUUUUCCUGAAGAAACAGAGUGAGCUCUUAAGGUUCUAAUCAGGUUAUGAAUAACAUACCUGUAUUAGGACUAGUGUUAGGGUUAAGCUUUGUGGUUAUUAUUCAUUUUAAGUCUAGGGAACAUUGUGAGAAUAUCAUAACAAAUCUAUCAAAGAGAGGCCCCCAGACUAAAAGUUGAUUAUACCAUCCUAAAUUUCAACUAUUGAUUUUUUUUGUUUCCGUAGAGCCGUACUUUAUACUUUGUAUUCUUCUUAAAGUGCUCUGCAUGGUUUAUCUAAUAAUUGAAUUGAAAUGAUAUCCUUUGAAUGUAUCACAGUUCAUUUCAUUUUUUGUUUAUUCAUUCAUUUUUUUUGCUAAUUAGAGUUUGAUGUAUUUGGAUAGAUAAGUCAUUUUGAGAUUGGACAUGAAUUGUCUGUUGUUUAUUCACUAAAAUGAUUAUUAUGGUGCCAUAUCACUUAUUUUUUUUUAGCAAUUCACAAAGUGAUUUGUUGGCUAUUUUCUCUGCUAAUUGUGGAAAUUUACAGAAAUCCAAUGCAAUUAGCGAUUCUCACAGACAAGGUACUUCAUAAACAUGUUCCCAUGUUAGGUAAGAAUCAAUGUGCCAAAUUGUAAUUUUUAAGAUAGCAUUUUGAAAUAGUUUUGAAACCAUGAAAUGUCUGUUUUAACUCAUGUAAGUCAUGUAUUUUUUGAGAUGUGAUAAUGUAUUCAAAGUUUUAGUUUUUGAUUGUUGUUAAUCCUUUGUUGAUGUAUUUCUUGUCAAUAUGAUUGGCCUGUUGCAGAAAUAGUUGUUUAAAAUGUGAAUGAAAAAAAAAAAUCAAGUGCAAAUAAAAAAUAUGAAAUGAUGAUUCUGAAUAUGAAAUUGCGUUUGAAUGUUAGUAGCAUUUGGUUGCAAAUUUUUGCACAACAGGCCUUAUAUCAGGCUCAAUAAAUCCCCAACUGACUGUAUAGGGGCCUGUAGUAGAAAGAUUUGCAAUUAAACGCAAGUCAAAAAAUCAAUCGCAAUUUAAUUUUCAACCAAUCAAAAGCCAGCAUCCAGGAAUUUUCUUAGUUUCAUUUUAAACAUAACUGUUUCUACAACAUGCCACUGGAGUAUUGUUUUCAAGCUACACAGUAUCUUUGUGGAUUGGCUUUGAGAAAACCUAAACACUACAAUUAGUUUCAAGUAUCAAUUGACAUACACAUAUUUAUUAAUUCUGUUUUGUUUCCAGGUAUAAAAUACCUAUAAAACAACAUAAAAUACAUUUUAUUGUUCAUUCCAUUUUUCAGUAAAGUAAAAGAAAACCCCAAAGGUAACCUGAGGCACAUGGAUUAAAAAUAAGUAUGGAUAUGAUUUUGUUUAAGAUACUCGAGAAAAAUAUCUUUUGAGAAUUGCUGAUGCGUUUAAUAGGCAUUCAUUCAUUCCAGCUUAUCUUUAGUUUUGGUAAAUGCACCUAAAGUGCAUGUCACUAUUCCAGUUCAUUACUAGAUUAUACAUGUAUGAAUGCAUGUGCCCCAAAACAGUUAUAGUGUGAAGGAUAUAAACAGAUAAUGGGUAUUAUUGAAUAAAUAUAAAAAUUUUAUCAAAUUUAUAUUAAUCAGGUGCCCAAUCAAUAUAAUAUAUCUGCAUAUUUUUGUCAUGUAUAAAAACCUUUACUUAGGGAUGGGAUGGGCUGACAAUUUGGGGAUGAAAUCUGUCAUUAGUUUUCAAAUAUCCUAUUGUAAAAUCUGUGCCGAAAGGCCAAUUUAAAAUAAGAAUUUAAACAUAGAGAAAGAGGGCACUAGAUGCCCAAUGUAUAUUUUAACAGCUGACAAAAUUGCCAAUCUAUAUUUUAAUGGCUGAAAACACAAUCAAUGACAAAGUACUACACUUUUGUAAUAUUGGAAUAUUAAUAUGAUAUCAAUACACAUUACUAACCCUGUAUCACAGCUUUUAAUGGGCUUUAAAAUACAAAUGCAGCAAUUAUUGUUGAGCUGUUUUAGAAUGUCUGAACUGUGAUUGUGAUGUUGAUAAUGGUGGUACUCUGAAAGAGCCUUACACUUUUUUUUACUUCGUGAUGGCAUUCAUGAUCAUGCAUACAAUGCAGAUGUGUUGAAGUUUAAUUGUGCUUUUGAAAUACGUAGAAUCUAUAUUAAAAUGUUUUGAUAGUA